CCCUCUUGUCCCUGGUAAGCUUGCUGGUCCAACAGGAGAAAAAGACGAGAUAAGGAAUACUGCCUCUUCGGGACUAAACCCCAAUAGCGCCCGACGGUAUUGCGCUGCUCUGCCAUAACCCGUCUUGGCUGUCUUAUGGCCUCCUACCGCAAUUUCCACCGGCGUGUCAAGCACCACGGCCACCAUGUCACGAUGGCGUCAAAGCUCAACGCGAAGAAAGCCUCAAGGCCAGAUCCGGCUGCAUCCAAACAAGAAAAAGCGAUACGAGACUGAGAAAACGACGCUCAGCUGGGCUGGUCCCUCCUCAAGCCAAAGCGAGAGCAGAUGCACACCCUCCGGGCAAGCUCAAUGUCCUGGAGCUCGAGUCUCUUAUCGCAGCAUCAACGCUCCUGCAGCUAUCGGCAUGACAGAGAGAACACCAACAAACAUAAUUGGCGUCACCCGAAUCGCCAUCGAGAUGCGUACCCUAGUAAUACCUCUACACUGCUCACGACCCGAGCCAAGUGGGCCAUUGUCAGCAUCACCUAGAUGGAAGGGUCAUUGCCUGCUUGGCCGUGUUCUGUCCCAGCUGCUCGGACAUGGUCCGCGGCUCACGCUCGCCACCUGGAAGACCGGCAAUGAAACUGCGGCCGGAGCGCCUUUGCCGGUCCUGCCGUCAAGCAACACCUCGUUCAUACAAGUUCUAGACUUCAGCUUCCUCGACAAAUCGACGCUAGGAGGUCCGAAUGGAAACCCCAUCAUGGACGAUCGACGCCCCGGGGGCUUCCCGGCCAGGCGGUGGGCGCUUUCCUUUGUUUCUAUCCGAAGCUGGUCAAUGCCUCCAGCAACUUGGGAGCGCUGCUCUUGUCAUUCUUUAUCUGGCAAUCAAGUCAGCCUCGGUUCCGCUGCUGCAUGAUGCAUGCCCACAGUUGACCCAUUCAACCACAUGCUAUCGAUCAACACGCAUGAUGCCACCUGCAAUGCAGACGUGGUUGUCAACGCACGUCCUGAUGAGGAUCCUGGUAUGCUUUCCAACUUUGUGCAAUCUGCGUGCGUCUUCCGGGAAAGAGGGCCGAUUACACUGCAUUUCGCGUGCGUUAGCCCUCACUGCAAUGUUCAAUCGAGUUGCUGUUCCACGACACCAUGGCAGGCCCGGAUGAGGCCAUGUCGGGCACCCCAAGGGUACUUUCGCUGUAUUUCCCGCUUUGGACCAUCGUCGGCCCGCUGGACUUCAGCUCUCAGGGUUUGACAAGCCCAGGUUGUAAUGGACUUCUUCUCUGCCCAUAGUCCUUGCA